CCAGGACUACAUCAACCCUUACACCGGUCAUGUGAUCCCAGCAGGGGAGAGAGACCUCCGGUGGGGUUCCUGUACUGUGUAUCAUGGAUGUUUGUGUGUGUGCACAGCAGAGCUGGCAGCCAUGUUGUUCCUAAGGCAACCCAAAGCUUACCUACUGUAAGUUGGUCUUGUAAGAAGAUCAGAGCAUGAAACAGAAAGUCAGGUGCCAUCACUUGGUCUGGCAGCAUGGGUUAUGAUGUGGAGCGUUUUGUGGGCUACGUGAACGAAGGCUUGUUGUGCUGUGUGUGUCGUGACGUGUUGGAGGAUCCUCUACAGGCUCCAUGUGAGCAUGCUUUCUGCAGUACCUGCAUUCAUGCCUGGCUUGUGAACCAUCAGAACUGCCCCGAGGAUCGACUCUCUCUUAGCAUCGCAAACCUGCGGCCGCUCUACAGAUAUAUGCGGAAUGACUUGGCAAGGCUCCAGAUGAAGUGCAUUUAUCGCCCACAAGGUUGUGAGGUCAUUUGUGCAUUGGAGUCCAUACAUCAGCAUGAGGAACAGUGUUUCUUUGCUCUGUUUAGUUGUAGCAAUGCAGGGGAGGAGUACUUGUGUUACCGCUGUGGUUGUCCAGUGCAGGUAUCUCAGCAUUCUCUGGAGGCGCACUUGUGUGUGUGUGAGUCCUACAACAGAGUGUGUGCAAGAGGGUGCGGACACACGCUAUCAGACACGGACGAGGCUCAGCACAACUGCGUCUCUGAGCUCCGAGCUGAGCUGGAUUUGCUGAGGACUGAAUUGGACUGUAAGGUUGAGGAAGUGAGACGUGAGAUGGAGUCCCGGCUGGAUGCUCAGAGGAGACACAUGGUACAGAAGGAGAGCUUACUGAAAAACGAGGUGGAUGAGCUCAAGGGCCAGCUGUCGCGUGUGGUGUCUGACGUGUGUGCAUUACUGGGAGCAGAGCAAACUCGCAGGCAAGAGCUGGAGAGGGCUGAGCUUGAGAAAGCAGAGCUUCUCGAACGGUUGAAGAACGAGGUUCUUAAACCAGGCAGGGCUUCUCAAACAGUGAUGCGUCAAGAUGACGAGCAUCGUAAGCAAAACCUGCACAGCCUAACUUUAGACUGCCUCAAGAGGAAGAGUAGAGACGUCACGGUUCUCUGAAAACCAGCACACACGACUGCAUAAGCAGUUUGAGAUCCUGCAAACUGCCAAAUCCUUCUGUUGCAGAUACAUGCUGCUAACCAACUCGAAUUCAACAACAUUUUUUGUAGCAUUUUUUUUUUUUUUUUUUUACAAAAAAUUAAGAGGCGAUCAUAUUAUCUGAGCAGUUUUAUAAAAUGUGCAAGAAUUUUCCAAAACAGAUUAAAUAAUUAGGCACUUUUGAAUAUUUUC